AUACGCGGCGUGGCUCGCUCAUCAUUAUCUUCAGUCAAAAAUUCGCGCGUAAUCCCUUCGGCAUGUGUGUCGUGCAUAUCAAAUGACACAACGAGUGCGUGCACAACUCCCACUACCUCUAUACGUGAAGCAAGUAUCACUUUGUGCCAUACAUGUAUAUUCGUAACACAUAUCUCGUGUUAUGUACCACGUAUAUGUGUUAUCUGAAUCUCUCUCUCGUGUUAUACAUAUAAUACAUCAUCGCGUAUCCUCGGUUCGCCAACGCGAACGGGCCAUCACAACACAGACGGCCUGUUCUCUAUAUGCAAGCAGCAGCAGCAGUAGCUCGUGUUGUAUGUGCGAAAAGAGAAGCAGGCAACCUACUGUGCGCGCACUGGGUUCGGUGAUUCCUUUUUGGUAUCAUCAUCGUCGUCAAUCGCGAAACACAACUCGUCGGCGCGAGUGGGGCUCCCCGAUGCCUCGAAAAAGCUCGUCGAUUCGUCGUUGAACAUCUUGCGCACUAUUUUUUUUCUUUUUUUUUUUUGCAUAUGCGUGCGCGACUAACCGUGAUUUUGAGUACGUUUCGUACGUAGUUGAAUCAACCGUGUACACAUUGAGCAAUAAUACCGUAUCGAGUGCAAGAUGUUGUGGUGACCCAAGUGUUGCGCAGCUUCUGCGAGCUCCAGAGUGAUAUACGAUAUUUCGAUACCUGCCCGCGAGUUGCAGUGCACGACGACGACGGCCUCGCAGGUAAUCACGCUAUCUCCAUCGUCAAACAUCGACCGCACGCACAGCAGCAACCGCAGCAGCAGCCAUGGCCACGUUCAAGAGCUUCGGCCAUGACCUGCCGUUCUUUCGCAGGCAAUUUGUCGCCCUGCUCAGCAACACCUCGACCAGCGUCAAGUUCAUCUGCCUCGUCGUGCUCUUCUCGUACUGCCUGUCCUUCUCCGACAGCGCCGUGCUCGUGCUGAGCGUCACCCCGGGCUACCUGCUGCCGCCGUCCUUCUGGGUAUGGACGGCCUUCACCUUCUGCUUCCUCGAGAUACACCUCACGGACGUGGUCGUGGACAUCGUCACCGUCGGCCUCUGCGGCAAGCUCAUCGAGCCGCUAUGGGGAGCCAUGGAGAUGAUGACCUUCUUCGCCAUAGUCAAUUUUGGAGUUGCCAUCCUGUCCUCCCUAUUCUAUCUCAUGCUCUACUUUUGCACCGGCAAUACAGAUUUGCUGUUUGACAUACACAUACAUGGCUUGGCUGGAUACAUUGCUGGUGUUACUGUUGCUGUCAAACAAAUAAUGCCAGAUCAUAUUUUAAUGAAAACGCCCAUUGGAAAGAUUACCAAUAGAAAUAUUCCUCUUAUGGUAUGGAUUUUAUCAUUAAUCUUCUGGGGUAUUGGAUUGCUAGAAGGUACCCAUCCAACCAUGUUUCUUAGUGGAACUCUAAUUUCUUGGGUAUACCUUAGAUUUUACCAAAGACACAAUAAUGGUUCUAAAGGUGAUAUGGCUGAUAAUUUUACAUUUGCCAGUUUCUUUCCAAAUGUUCUGCAGCCACCAAUUGCGGUAUUUUGUAAUACAUUACAUCGAUUCUUUGUAAGAAUUGGUCUGUGUAAAAAAGUAGUUAGAAGAUUUGAUAUGUCUAAUGCACCACCAGGACUUGUAAUUAAUUUACCGGGUAUUGAUCCUCAUGACAGCGAACGAAGAAGACAAAUAGCUCUAAAAGCAUUGAGUGAAAGAUUAAGCAGAGAUCAUGCCAAACCAUGGCAGCAAGAACGCACGAAAAAACAUUCACCAGCACCGUCUGUAGUAGUGUCUAUACCAGAACAAACUGAACUUGUAAAAUCGUUAUCAUCACCUCAUGUUCAGCAAAUUAGUGUAGAUAUUCACAACCACCCAUCAUCCAGCAGUACGUGAUCUAGUGUUAUGGACUCACCUUGUUCGAGUCCACCCAAAGAUUAAUGAAUUUAAAAAGGAAAAUCAAUUGUGAAUGUUCCUAAAAAGAGUGGAUGGUAAAACUUGGUGAAACUGAGAAACUAAAAUUUUGUAUUUUUCUUAAUAAAACUUGAAAAAAUAGUGGAAACAAAAAACUAGUUAAAAAAAAAUCGUGAAAUAGUGAAGAAAUUGUUGAUUAUUAAAGGCAUAAGCAAAAUAUUAAAAAAUAUUUUCUGCUAAAAUGACUACAAUUGUUAUAAAUGUGAGUGAUAAAUGAUUCACAAGAAUUAAAUUUUUUUAAAUGAAUCAUCUUAUUUUAAUAAUUAUAUGGGUACUGUGUUUUCAUGUAUGGCAAUACACAAACAUGUAUAUUUCAUUGAUCCCAAGAGGCUGUGCUGUAGUCUCAGGUAGGUGAAUAAAAAAAUUGUAAAAAUAAAAUACUAAAAACUUAUAAUAAUUAAUGUUAACUGAAAGAAAGGAUAAUAUAAUGUUGAGUUAUAAAACUGUUGAAGAUUUUUCUAUUAACUGAUUAAGUGAUUUUUCCUUUUAUUAUUUGAAUAAUAACAUUAUAUUAAGACUAAUAUAAUAUUUUAUAUUGAUAAUUUAUUCUUACUUUUAAUAAGCUUUUUACGUUUUUUUUAAUUUUAAUACUCAAAAAUAUAUUAUACCCUUCAAGUAACUUUAAAUUGAAUCAACAAAGCUAGUUAAAAAAGUGGGUACUUCUUUCAACAAGAACAUUAAUUUACAAUGUGUUAACGUUAUAAUUCUUGUAAUGUGGCAAACAUUGCAAAACAAAAUGUUUGAAAUUGACUUAAACCUUUGUUGCAGACUUUGUUUUUACAUUUUUAGUCAUGGACACAUUUUUUAUUUUUUUCAACAUCUACUCAUUAACAUACAAAAAAUUUGUUUUUAUUUGGUCUUCCCAUUUGUCAAUGUGAUAAUUCUUAUAUUAUAUAAGUAUAAAAUGCUAUUAUGAAUGUAAUUAUUGAAGAAAACUAUUUAGAAAUGUUGCAAUAGAUUAGAUGUUCAUGAAAAAUUGUAGUUGGAAUUUCAUUAAAAAAAUGUUACAAAGGGCAGACUUUAUAAUGAAAUGGCAUUUGAGGGAUCAAAAUUCACGCUAGUUUAUAUGUUUUUAUUUUUGUGUAUUGUAUAUAAAUGUAUGAAAAUAAUAUAUAAGGUUGAAACCUAAAUAUUUCAGUUUGAAAUAAUUUGUAAAUAGCAAUCAACAAAAAGACAAUACAUCAAAUAGAUUUUUAUUUCAAA